CUAACGACAUAAACUUGCAAUGUUACACCAUCAAGUUAUUCAGACCCACCUUAGGCUGAAAGCACGCCAUUUGAUCCCUGAUUGGAUACUGGGAUCCGUCUCAUGGCAACCACGUGGCUGUUAGAAACAUGUCAACUAAUGGAAAUAAUAUCAAAAAGCUACGAUAAAGACAUAAAAUGGCUUUGAUAAGGAAGAUCUCUUCGCUCCCGACAACAGUGUUACAGAUACAUAAGAAGUGUUUAAAACUGGUCGUCGGAGCAAUUGGGCUGGAUUGUUAAACACUCAGAUAGGAUUUGAAGGCUCAAGACAUUGGUGUGCAGCUUCAAUAUGGGUGUCGUUUCUUGGGUUGCAAACGUAACCCGCUGGUAUCCUCGGGAUAUGCCACGAGAUGAGCGGAGACUGGUCUUCAAACUCGACUGGAUGGUAUUGGCUUACGCAUGCCUUGCCUUUUUCACAAAAUACUUGGAUGUUUCGGCACUUUCUAAUGCUUACGUUUCCGGCAUGAAGGAAGACCUCCAAUUAACUGGGAAUAAGCUGAAUUACAUCAGUGCUGCUUAUGAGGUUGGUUACGUGGUUUUCCAAAUCCCAAGCAAUCUCCUUGUGACUAGGAUUCCGGCUCAAUAUUAUCUUCCUUCAUUCGAGAUAUUCUGGGGUUUAUUCACCCUCGGAACUGCCUUUGUUACCAGUUACAAGCAGCUGGUCGUUCUGAGGUUUUUUGUCGGCCUCAGUGCUACCUCUUGCUAUAUAGGAUGCCUGCACGUGGUCAACUCAUGGUACAAGAAAUCCGAGCUAGGUAGGCGCAAUGCCUUAUUCUGGAUGGCCAACCCCAUAGCAACCAUGUUUGGCGGAUAUCUCCAGGCUGCUGCGUACAAAAACCUGGACGACCGCCACGGCUUACAAGGAUGGAGAUGGCUUUUCGUCAUUUGUUCAAUCAUCACGAUACCCAUUGCCCUACUAGGAUUUUUCGUUUUCCCCGAUAUCCCCGAACGAACCAAUACUCGCUGGCUCACAGAUGCGGAGAAAGAUCUCGCUCGUACACGCCUCGAAGGAAACGGUUUUAAGGCUUCUCGAGGGAUCAACCGCACACUGUUGAAACGGGUGUUCCGGAGAUGGGAAACCUAUGCAUUUGCAGCCCUGGGCGGGUGGACUGGCAUUCUCAGCUACGGUGCCAGCACGCCGUUUUUGCUCUGGCUCAAGUCGCAGCCGCACAAGUAUUCUAUUCCCAAAGUCAACACGCUGGGCACAGUGACAUCUGCCAUCUCCGUCGCGUCCGCUUUGUUGGUUGCCUUUUACUCCGACAUCACUGGCAGACGAUGGGAUUCCGCCCUCCUCGCGGGCUUCCUCAUGCUUUUUACGAACUCGGUCUUGGCCGGGUGGACCGUCCCCUACGGACUCAAAUUUUUCUCUUACAUUUUGCUCGGAGCCUGCCAUGGCGUGCAGCCUUCUAUUAUCACAUGGACGGCAGAGACGCUUUCCGAUGACAUGGAGCUGCGUUCCAUCAUGAUUGCAGUCGAGAAUGUCGUUGCCGAGAUUAACUAUCUCCUUGUGCCUUUGGCAGGCUUCCAAGUGUCCAAGGCACCUAGGUUCAGGGGUGGUUUUAUUUGGAGCGCAGCAACAACUGCACUGUGGCUGAUCCUCUGUGGAGCUAUUACGUUGAUCCAACACCAAAAGCGAACCGCCUCCUCGACAACGGACGAGCCUGAGAAUCCACCACCACCAAUUGACGAGACCGACAACAAAGAAAUCGACGAUACUGGCAGUGAUGCAGAGACUAAAACUCAAAGCAAAAACGCGCCAGUGGUUACCGUUCAGGAUAGCCAUAACUCCUGAACUUCAAAGGCCUGUGGCCCUGUGAGGCCGUGUCAUUUUCUCAGACCUCUAGACCUCUACAUAUACCUUAUAUACCAUACCU